AGAGAGAGAGAGAGAGGGAACGGGCACUUUUUAGUAGUUCUACGGACUCUUUUCAGCCCUCAAUCAAUGCUUUACCGAAUUCACCACCAUCCUUUUUUCUCCCAAUUCCACAUCUUUUCUUCCUCCAUUCCUCACUCCUCUUUCAAACUCUACCACCACUUCUCUUCCAUUCCAACUGGUCCUUCUUCUAUACACAGUCAGAAACGGAAAUGGAAUGCGCGGAAGCGGCGUUGAAAACCAGUUGUAGGAUGGAAAUGGCCGUGAAAACCCCACAAGCGGUUUUGGAGGAUUUAUGGCCUGUGAAUGGACAAAAUGGCGUUGUUUGUGACGACUUUUUUGUGGACGAACUUCUUGACUUGUCUAAUGAAGAAGGAUUUGUGAAUGAAGAGCCGGCAGAGGAAGAUGAAGAGGAAGAAGAUAAAGGCUUUGUCUCUGUUUCCCCUCGACAAGACCGCCAAAAUUCCACCACCAACAUCGUUAUCUCUGCCAAAGACGAGUUUGGCUCCGAACUAAUUGUUCCGGCAGAAGAUUUAGCGAACCUUGAAUGGCUAUCCCACUUCGUCGAGGAAUCUUUCUCGGAAUUCUGCACGCCUUUCCCAGGCGGAAUUUCAACUGAAAAGCCUAUGAACGAAGGGCCUGAACCAGAACCAGAACCGGAACAGGCAAAGCCGUGUUUCAAAACUCCUGUUCCGGCCAAGGCAAGAAGCAAGCGCGCCAGAACCAGCGGCCGAGUUUGGUGCCUCGGGUCCCCUUCGCUGACCGAGUCGUCCGCGAGUUCAACCUCCUCGACUUCUUCGUCGUCCCCUUCAAGCUCUUGGCUCGUAUACCCCAACGCUGCCCAGUACGAGGGACCUGUCGAGCAAUUUUACUCGGAGGAAAAACAACCGGAGAAGAAGCAGAAGAAGAAAGCGAUUGGGGAGGCGGCGUCUGGUGGAGGUGCGGCGCAGACGCCGAGGCGGUGCAGCCAUUGCGGUGUCCAGAAGACCCCACAGUGGAGAACGGGCCCACGCGGAGCCAAGACACUGUGCAAUGCUUGUGGGGUCCGGUAUAAGUCCGGUCGGCUCCUACCGGAAUAUAGACCCGCGUGUAGCCCUACUUUCUCGAGCGAAUUGCACUCCAACCAUCACCGUAAAGUGCUGGAGAUGCGGCGGAAGAAGGAACCUUCUGGCGUCUCCGAGUCCGGUUUGGCUCCUCCUGCAGUGUCCAGAUUUUGAGAAAAAAAGAAAAAAAAAAAAA